AAAGAAAUAGCAUUAAGAGAUCAACUUAUUAAAGAGAGAGAACAGGUGAAGACCAAUGAAACUGUUAACAAGAUCAUUAAUGGACAAGUCAGGUUGAUUGAGACAUCUUUAACUGAACACGAACAGAUUAUAAAUAGUAAUAACAUUGUUAAGAGUAAGGAUAAAGAAAAAAUUGUAGAAGUUAAGAAAGAUGAAUUAAAAAUUUUACAAAAUAUAGUAGUAGAUACUGAGGAUAAAUCACUAUCAAUAUCUUUAAACACUUCUGAAAUAAAGUGUCAUAGUUUUACUGUAAAAUCAAAUGUACAAAUGAUUAAAAUUUCACCAAAAUUAGCGAUAUGCUCGGCAUCUUUCAAACCACGAAUCAUUAUACAUCAUCAAGGUAGAUUAAUUAAUCAACAUAAUUAUACAGGAAUUUUCAAUAAUCCUUGUAUAAUACUUUUGAGAAAUGGAUUAAAUUAUGUUGAGAUUUUGGUGAAAAAAAAAUUUGAUAUUCAGAGAAUACUGAAAUGAUUGAACUAAGAUUUUCUAAUUUACUUAUAUCAU